ACAGAUACAAGGCCAAAUAUAUUACAGAGCAGGUUCACUGUUACCAGUGUCAGAUAGCAACUACAAAUUCCUGCAAAUCUAUUUUAUGGGCAAUUCACCACAAGAAAUUAAUCUGCGUUGUGCACAUAACAAUUUAGUAAAGAGGUCUAUUGUAGAACAAUUACAAACUUUAUUUCAUGAACACAAUCAAUUGAUUAUAUUGUUUAAAACUGCACUGGAUCUGAUGCCAUCUGAUAACCACAAAAUUGUAAUCAGAGCUGAUAAAACACCUGCGGGUCAACAUGCAAGGCGUUUCGGUUAUCCACUGUAUCGUCGCCGAUCGACAGCAGACAAUGGAAGAUCAACAAUUGUCAAAUUAAAUCAACAAGAUAUUGAAAUAGAUAAUCGUUGGAUUGUUCCAUAUUCACCCAUUUUAUCAAAGACCUUCAAAGCACACAUCAACGUUGAAUCUUGCCAUUCAGUGAAAUCUAUUAAAUACAUUUGCAAAUAUGUAACCAAAGGGAGUGAUAUGGCUGUGAUUGGAAUUGGUGCAGAGAAUUCCAAUGAUGAAGUUACCCAAUACCAAAUGGGCCGCUAUGUUAGUAGUAAUGAAGCAGUUUGGCGAAUAUUUUCUUUUCCUAUUCAUGAGAGACACCCUUCUGUUGUCCACUUAGCUGUGCAUUUAGAAAAUGGGCAAAGAGUGUAUUUUACAGCACAGAACGCAGUACAAAGAGCUGCGCAGCCACCAUCUACUACAUUAACCAGUUUUUUUGAGACAUGCCAAAACGAUGAUUUUGCACAAACAUUGCUAUAUUCUGAAAUGCCAAAAUAUUAUACUUGGAAUCAAUCCUCAAGGAGAUUUAUACGACGAAAACAAGGAAAACCAGUUCCAGGAUACCCAGAUGUUAUUCCACCGAUGCGAUUGGUCGAAUUUAUUCAGUACAUCCAACCAAUGAUGAAUGUUUUUAUUUACGACUGCUAUUAGUCAAUGUACGUGGCCCAACAUCAUUCCAACAUUUACGAACUGUUGAUGGUGAAUUGUGUGGAUCUU